AUGGAAAAGUGUCCCAUCUGUCGCGCUGAUGUUCCGUCUGUGGGUGACACACUCUCCGAUCCUAUCACAGAUCACUUCAGAUCAGGAUUGUGCACCCCGGAGAAAUAUGAGUUUGAUGUCCUCGACCUUUCUGCAUUCCACCCUACUAAUAUCUUUGUGCUCCUAGACACUCUUGGAAAAAUUCCAAAUCUGCGCCACCUCUGGCUCAAGCUCCCGUGCCCCGUUUCCCAGCGACCAGCAGCUACCGUCUACGAGAGGUUUACAUCUAUGCUUUAUCAAGAGAUUAGUGUGAGAAAGCAUGUUUCAGACAGUAACUUCCUAUCCUGGCUUGGGUUCUCCUCAGCUGUUCGACAGCGUGGAGAGGCAGAACCUAAAGAUACUUUGCGUUCAUCUUCUGUGCAAGUGCACGCGUUAUCCACAAAGCCACAGCAUUAUUCACAGCCUAUAGAUACUAAACAUCCCGUUGAAGCACCCGUUUCUUCAACCUCCAUUGAGAGUGAGCGGCAGAAGGCUGGUGACGUCUAUGAAGUACUUCUCAAGAGCACUAGCCACGUUUGUAUACGUUGUGCUAUACUUCAAGUGCCCUUCGAGGAAAUCACUGAAACCUCACGCUUGCUCAUAUCAUUUACUAAAGUGAAAGACCUUACAGACUCGACUCACGAAAUAGACCUGUUGAACAUCCUGCGUCAAGGAGGUAUCUUUCUUUCUGAACGAAUGCUUCUUGAACAUCUACACCAUACAGACACUACCACGUUUCCUGCAAGAACUACCAAUCCUACACGCAUAAGAGCUGAGCAGGGCCUUGAGGAAGCUCAGCUAAGGCAAUAUAAAAGCACUGAGAGACAGCAAUCUGCAUCCUUGUCCGGUUGCAGCUAUGAGCAUAUGGCUGACCAUUCAUCGAGCAUCAACUAUUACAGUGAAAAGAGAGUUUCUCCGGGCACCGGUUUUCAUCGAUUUGCAUACACUGCGUCUGGAGAUGCCCACACAUCAGAUGUCCUGAUUAGUGAUCGGGGCCAUCUCACGAUACAGAGUGCAGAUUUCGAAGGUUCUUCGUCGCUUGCACCAGCAUUCGAGUUAUCAUACAAUACUGCAGGCGAGUCCCCUGCAGGCAAUACAAACGAUAUGGACUUAAACCAUCUUAUAUCUGCUAAAGCCCUUUUACAUAAUCAAGACAGUCCUCAGGUGGAUUGCUUGUCUUUUCCAGAGGAUAAGAAAUCUUCUCUGGCACAAAAAAGUGAAGUCCAGGCCUCCCCUUCUUUAGAGCAAUCCGAACAAGAACAAAAGGGCCAGGGAUCUGAUAUCCAGGGCACCGGAGAGCUUCGUCAAUCUAAGUCGUUCUUUAGUUACGUUCUCAAGAGUAUCAUACGCCAAUUCAAGGGAGAGGACAGCGCUACAAAACUCUCAAUAAUGAGCGGUCUACUGGACUCCAUCAGAUACGAUCUUCCGACCAUUGUUGUUAGGCGCCUUAUGUCAAUUGGUACACGACCCGAUUACCUUCCCCUUCUUUCUGCUUUGCUCCCCUCCCUCAAGACGAUUGAUGGCGUCUCCAUUGCACCUACAAAGCAGCGCGAAUACGUGAAGGAGAUACAGAGUCGUUACUCUUUUCCUCACUAUCUCAUACUGGAAAGGCUAGAAGAUAAGGCGUCCAUCUCGAAGAAGAAGAAAACAGACCGAGCUGCGAAGAGUGCAUCAUCCAUCGAUUCCCGAGGCACUUUUCCGAUAAUGAGGAACAGACCCUCCUUAUACUUUCAAGAGCUGGAGGGUCAGUACCAUAGCUGGCGAUUUACACCCACCAUUAUGCCUUUAGACCUUCCUGCGCGUACAGCGAAGAAACUCUGUGCACGCCACAUCUCUAGGAUCAUUGAGCCUAGAAGCUACAGUAUUUUUAAUGUGUCCUCUCUUGGUUCCCCAUUUCGUCUUUCAACAACACCACCAGAAUUGCCGACGGAGUCCACCUUUUCCUUGAUGUCUAGGUUCGGUCGCCCAAGCGUACUCCGUGCUUCCCCUUACAAUUCUGAUAUUGCGAUCGGUACUGAUCAAGGAGAUGUGUUUGUUAUUGAUGGAUCGGCGCCUCUUGUUGAGUCUAUGCAUCGCUAUGUUACAAUCACGGACUCGUCUAGGCGUGACUACGUGGUGGACAUUCCCUUCAUGCGCCGCAGGAAGACAGAGGGGCACAGCCAAGACUCCAUUGUGGCUCUCACGUGGCUGAGUUCCUCUGCAAACGUUAUUGUUGCAGCCACCUCCUAUGGUGAGCUGCUUUUUGGACACAUGCUCUAUGACUACUCACACAGUGCUGCGCAUAAGCAGCGACUGAAAAGCCAUAGCAUCGACGUUGGUCGUACCAUUUUAGACUUUGCCCUUAGAUCAUCCUUCAGCGAGGUUUAUUCCGUCGCUCAAGACGCUCUGCGCGUGGUCAACUACGAUUUAUGCACACUAGUUAAUGAUAUUCCCAUAACCAACCUCCUACCGGUGUCUGCAAACGAGCUGGCCCCACGGGCUCCACAGUUUACCAAAUGCAGCUACUCUCUGUCAUCCUCUCUACUAGGACUGGGUACGCUGUCAGGGCAGAUCUUACUUUAUGAUGUGCGCACACUGUCCUCCAGCUCCAAGCCUGUUCUUACAUUGGACAAGUUUUCUGGGCUACCUGUCGAGAGCAUCACAUUCGGCCUGGAUGGACACGUUAUUCUUUCUGCUGCACUUGAUGGACGAGUGCUACACUACGAUGUUCGCAGCGACCACGCUAAUCCAGCGGCAUCUGUUUACAAUUUUUCUUCAAUCCGCAGUGCAUAUAAUCACACAAAGGCUGCCUUUAUAAACACGUCUAAGAAAUUCCUUGUUUCGCAGCACGAUACGGGUGUGCUAAAGGUGUUUGACUAUCCAUCUGGAAAGCAAUUCUAUGAGAUCUAUAUGAACCCUCUCUUGAAGUGGAACAAUACCAACAUAAUAGACUUUGAUGAGCUUCCCAUGGCACCUUUCACGUAUGCGUGUGUUACUAGGACGAAUACGGUGUCCGAUGUGGGCGUCAUCUCUUUAAUAAAUAGUUCUAAAGGGUUUAUCACCGCACCAGGCGACAUAGAGCCAGAAUCCGGGUUGUAA